AUGGCUGCAACGAAGAAUCGAGGCACUUAUCGGGCUGUUGGCCUAAAUAAAAAUACAACAAAGAGUGAAUUCGAAAGUUUGUUGAUAGGGUACCUAACACCAGCAGAAAAGACUACGCUCAGGAUCAGCAAGCUAUGCCUUGCGCCAUACCCAAUUGACCACGGACGAACCCAGACAGCAAUAUUCAAAUUCACAGGCGGCAGCCCAGAAUUCCUGAAAAAAAAGCAUAUCAAAGACAAAGAAGGGGCAACUAUCGAGAUAGACUCGGAUUUCUGGGGUCUGACACAACUGUACCAUACAGAAGGAGAAAUUCAGAUCGAUAUUGUGGCACUAACCGGACUGAAUGCACACGCAUAUGGUUCAUGGAGUGGUGCAACUGAUGAUGAUACGAAUCCUAUGUGGCUCCAGGAUUACCUAUCUAAAGAUACUCGCCUGGGGCCACACUGUCGAAGCAUGAUAUACGGUUACAAUGCUAAAACGGCAGCCAAUGCUUCCCAUGAUACCAAUGACUACGUCAAAGGUUUUCUUCACGAGCUCAAGAAAGCCCGCAAAGAGCCUAAAGAAAAGAAAAGGCCAUUGGUACUACUCGGUCAUAGUUACGGUGGCCUUAUAAUUGCACAUGCUUUCACGAGGGCAUCGUGGGAUCUAAGAUAUAGAUCUAUUUACCACUCAACCAUCCGAAUUAUUUGUUUCGGUGUACCAUAUCGAGGUAUCAGCCUCGAAGAUGUUGAGCGACAAGUCAACUCAAACCCCAAAAAAUUCAGCCAGGGUAUAGGGUUGUUAAAAGCCAUAGCCUACGAGGCGGGUAGAAUUACUGCGAAUACAGAACAGUUCCGACAUUUACUGAAACAAACGAAAACCCGGCUGGUGACAUUCUAUGAAACAGCCCAUACUCGCAAAGUCGAACAGAUAACAAGGGAUGGCAAAGUUGUUGAGGGCGAAUUCAGUCGAUGUGGAGAGUACACAAUAGUGGUAUCGAGAGAUUCAGCCGUGCUCGGGCUAGGCGAGGAUCUCGAAGAAGACCACCCCACUGAAGGCGACCACUCCACGAUAGUUAAAUUUACGAGUGAAACGAAUAGCACUUAUACCACAAUUACCGAUAUACUACGGACUCUACUCAGAGACGAUGCGACCGAAGGAGAGGAUAAAAGACAGGAUGAAAUCGCAGAUGCAAUUGGAACAAUUUCUCAGAACCCAGAAGAAGUAAAAUACAUGUGCAGCCAGAUGCUUCGGAUUGCUGCCGAUGCUGGUUUACAUAGACUAGCAGAAAAGCUCUUGAAAAAAGGAGCUGACCCCAAUAUGCAAGCCCAUGAUCCUCAGUAUAAGAAGUGCCGGGAGGAUAGUCGUUGGCUGUUUGAUAGCGCUUAUGACCCAGAAACCGGAGAAGAAGCAGCGAAGGUGGCGAGAUACCAAAAUUCUGUAGCGGAAAUCCUUGAAAGCGAUGUCACUGCCCUUGCCCUGGCUACGAAACGUGGAAAUACCGGACUUGUCAAACUGCUUCUCAAAGGAAGCGCCGACCCUAACCUUCAGUGCUCCUCCUACCUAGAGGGAAGAACCCCACUUCAUGAAGCCUGUAGGAGAAACCAUUCCGAAAUAGUCAAAUGCCUCCUCAGGUAUGGCGCAAAUCCGAAUGCAAAAACCGGCCUUUUUGAGACGGUUCCUCUCCAUGAAGUGGCUGAGUACGGCGGUUUUGUCGCUCCUACGCUUUUGGUCUUUAGGGCCGAUGUCAAUGCAAAGAAACUGGGGACCGGAGACACUCCGCUUCAUAUCGCUGCCCGGCGGGGUCACGUAGGUGCAGUAUAUGAAUUCCAAAAGCAUGGAGCUGAUGUUGCUGCCCGAAAUGCCUCCGGAUCAACUGCUCUCCAUGGAGCUGCUGAAGACGGACGCAUAUCAGUCGUUCUGAGUCUACUAGCAGAACCCAGGAACAGAGGUAUCGUGGAUAUCCAGAAUAAUGAGGGAGAAACGGCACUUCAUAAAGCCAUAGAGUCUGAGGAGCUGGAAAUUAUCAGGAUGCUCCUAGAUAAAGGUGCAAACAAAGGCAUCGUUAUGAAAGACGGUAAAAAUGCUUCUGAGCUCGCCGCGGAAAUCGGAAAUGAUGAAGUUGAAGCCUUAUUGAAGAAAUAUUAA